AUGACUGCCUCGCUGUCAUUGGUCGAAUGUCUCUAUCAGGAGUCCAGCCUUGCCGACCACUGUCGAAAGCGCUUCUGUUGCUCUCGGGUCCUUAUCUUCGAUAACUCCCAAGCAGCAGUGCCGCGAGGUCUGGAUGACGCCUCCAGGAUACUUGAUGAUAAGCCACGGCUGGGCGGACAGCUUUGGCGCGUAGAAAGGAGACUUCAUAAUGGACGUGAUGCUCCCUCGUACAAAGAGAAGACAACAGACAAUGUCAACGACCUCACACAAGUGGAGAGCUGCAAGGUCGGAGAGACCAUAGCCACACACGCCGGCACCAAUAGACGUAUCAAAUCUCGUCAUGCUCAAAUGAUAGCCAUUGGAGGCUCUAUCGGCACCGGCCUUUUCGUCGGUUCAGGACAAGCUCUCGCAAUGGGCGGACCUGGCUUCCUGCUCGUGGCAUACUGCUUGACCUCACUCCUCGUGUAUGGUGUCGUUACUGCGGUCAUCGAAGUAGGCGCAUACCUACCUGUUGAAGGGGCGUCCAUGGCAUACUACUGCGGCCGAUAUGUUUCGAAAUCACUUGGAUUUGCUUUGGGCUGGUUGUACUUCUACUCGUUCGGAAUCAAUGCCUACGAGAUCACGGCUGCUAGUAUCGUCAUAAACUACUGGCCGAAUGAUGUUCCUGUUGCGGUCUGGAUCACAAUCAUGUUGGUCAUUAUCGUCGCCUUGAACUUGUCUCCGGUGGCUAUCUACGCGGAGACAGAGUUCUGGUUCGCGGGAAUCAAGGUGAUAAUGCUCAUCGGCCUCCUCAUACUCUCGAUCGUCCUAAUGUUGGGAGGUGGUCCUAACCACGAUCGAAUCGAGUUUACAUCCUUCUUGUAUGUCUGGGUGUUCGCUGGCUUCAGCUUUUACUUUGGGCCAGAGCUCAUGAUCUUUAUGACUGGCGAGAUGUACAACCCGAGGAAGAAUCUUCCGACUGCGGCCAGGAGAUUCUUCUAUCGACUGAUUUUCUUCUACGUCCUGGGAGCAAUAGCCAUUGGUGCUAUCUGCAACUCCAACGCGAAGAGCCUGACUUCAGGACAAGGCAAUGCCAAUGCUUCUCCUUGGGUUAUCGCCAUCCAAAACGCCGGCAUCUCGGUCCUCCCAUCCGUUGUCAAUGCCGGCAUCCUCACAAGCGCCUGGAGUGCCGGGAACUCAUACCUCUUCAUGAGCAGCAGAGCCCUCUUCUCCCUCGCAGUCGCUGGAGACGCCCCUCGUAUCUUCGCGAGAUGCACCAAAUACGGCCUGCCGAUAUACGCCGUUGCAGCAAGCAGCUGCUUUUGCCUGCUUGCCUACCUGAAUGUCAGUUCGCAAGCCGGCGAGGUCUUCAACUGGUUCAUCUCUUUGACCAAUACGGCGGGAUAUACCUCGUGGGCGGUCUGUUGUGUGAUAUUUCUACGCUUCCGGAAGGGCUGCCAGGCUCAAGGAGUCGAAGUCGCCUAUUCGUCUCGCUUUCAACCAUACGCUGCAUGGAUCUGUCUCCCGACCUUCGUCUUUCUGCUGCUGUGUAACGGAUUCACGGUGUUCUAUCCAGGGCGCUUUACGGCAAGCUCGUUCUUGACUACGUAUUUAGGAAUUCCAGUAUUCUUGCUCCUAUGGAUCGGACACAAGUUGCUCUUCAACAGGAAGGAGAAGUGGAUGUAUGCACCAACGGAGCUAGACCUUCACACCGGGCUUCGCGAAGUGGAAGACAGUGAAGAAAUGCAGGUCAAUGAGGAAAUCGAUAAUGGAGGCAAGCCAGGAAAUAAAGCGAUCAAGGCCGUGAAGGCUAUUUGGGAGUGA